AUGGCUGAAUCCUUUGUUCUCAAUACUGGCGCAAGAAUUCCGUCGGUUGGCCUUGGCACAUGGCAAAUAGAGCCUGGAGCUGUCAGCGACGCCAUCUAUGCUGCUGUUAAGGCUGGGUAUCGGCAUAUUGAUUCUGCUGUAGCAUACUGCAAUCAGAAGGAGAUUCAUGGUCCAAUCCGUAUCAAGAAAGGAACCAUGUUUAUCCCGGAAAACCUUAUCCCUACUGAUAUCCCUGCAACAUGGGGAGCCAUGGAGAAGCUAUACUACGCAGGCAAAGCUCGUGCGAUCGGUGUGAGUAACUUUUCCUGUAAGAAGCUGCAGGAUUUGCUUGCUGUUGCACGUGUGCCUCCAGCAGUCAACCAGGUUGAGUGCCAUCCAGUUUGGCAGCAAGACAAGCUACGUAACGCGUAUUCUCCAUUAGGCUCACCUGGAUCACCUGGAUACAGUGGCCCAAGCGUGGUUAGCAACCCCAUUGUCAUAUCUGUUGCUGAGAAGCUGCAGAAAACGCCUGCCCAGGUCGCUCUGCGCUGGGGGCUACAAUUGGGCCAGAGUGUACUUCCCAAGAGUGCCAACCAAAGAAGGAUCAAAGAGAACUUCGACAUAUUUGAUUGGUCCAUUCCUCACGAUUUGAUGGCGAAGUUCUCUGCAAUCAAACAGGUUAGGCUGCUAAAAGUCGAAUUUGCAGUUCACCCGAAAAGUGGAUACAAUAGCUUGGAGGAUCUAUGGGAUGGUGAAAUGGCCAAGUUCUUCCUCCUAAACACCGGUGCUUCUAUCCCAUCGGUUGGCCUUGGAACAUGGCAAAUAUCACCAGCCGUUGUCGAAGAUGCCAUUCGUGCAGCUCUCCAGGCAGGUUAUCAUCAUAUUGACUGUUCUCCACAAUAUGGUAAUCAGAAAGAGGUUGGUUUUGCCCUGAGGAAACUAUUUGAGGAGGGUAUACUUAAACGUGAAGAUCUAUUCAUCACUUCUAAAUUGUGGUGCACUGAUCAUGAUCCAGAAGACGUUCCAGAGGCGAUUGAUAACACACUACAACAUCUGCAGCUUGAUUACUUAGAUCUUUACCUAGUCCAUGGUCCAGUUCGUGCAAAGAAAGUAACUAGGCUGAGCACCGAAAACAUCCUCAAGCCUGACAUCCCUGCUACGUGGAAAGCAAUGGAGAAACUGUACGACUCAGGCAAAGCUCGUGCCAUUGGCGUGAGCAAUUUCUCCUGCAAGAAGCUGGAGGAUUUGGUCGCUGUCGCACGUGUGCCACCAGCAGUCAACCAGGUGGAGUGCCACCCGGUUUGGCAACAAGACAAGCUCCGCAAGUUUUGCCGGUCGAAGGGCAUCCACUUAUCUGCAUAUGCACCACUAGGUUCGCCUGGAUCACCAGGAAACGACGGACCGGACGUCCUUAGCCACCCCACUUUGAUUUCCAUCGCCAAUAAGCUGCAGAAAACCCCUGCUCAGGUUGCUCUUCGCUGGGGUAUUCAGAUGGGGCAGAGCGUGCUCCCGAAGAGCGACAACGAGGCGUGGACGAGGGAGAACAUUGACCUGUUUGAUUGGUCCGUCCCUGACGAGCUGAUGGCGAAGUUCUCUGAGAUCAAGCAGGCAUGCCACGAAUCUUGA